UUGCUUUUACUUCUCCUGCAUGACAGUUGUUUUCUCCGUCUCGGCAGACACCAGCUUCAGAUGCUCGAGGUGAGGAACAUGCCUUUCACUUUGGGCUACUGGUUUACUUAAUGCACCAGCCGUCAGCUCGGCUUCUCUUUGGGCCCCUGCCCUCUUGAGGAGCUGGGAUGGUUUGGAGGAGCAUUGCAAAGAACUAGAAAAGUGGCCCAGAAACAGCAGCUCAAGAAUUAUUAAGAUACAAUUUUAUUUUUUUAGUUGCUAGGAGCUUUUUCCCCUCCUUGCUUCCCUCUGAACUCUUCUUGCUUUGGAUAAUGGCCUUGGACUUGGACGACUUAUCGAUUUCCCCCUGUAAGAUGCUGUAUCAUUUGGUUGGGGGUGGCUGUGCAUGGUAGUGGACGGUGACAGAGGCCAGGCCUUCUGGAGGUGAGCCGAUGGAGAUUUAUUCCCCAGACAUGUCUGAGGUAGCUGCGGAGAGGUCCUCCAGCCCCUCCACUCAGCUGAGUGCAGACCCAUCUCUCGACGGGCUUCCGGCCGCAGAAGACAUGCCAGAGACCCAGACUGAAGAUGGGGGGACCCCUGGACUGGUGGGCCUGGCCAUCCCCUGCUGCGUGUGCCUGGAAGCCGAGCGCCUGAGAGGUUGCCUCAACUCGGAGAAGAUCUGCAUUGUGCCCAUUCUGGCUUGCCUGGUCAGCCUCUGCCUCUGCAUUGCCGGCCUCAAGUGGGUGUUUGUGGACAAGAUAUUUGAGUAUGACUCUCCAACUCACCUUGACCCUGGGGGGUUAGGCCAGGACCCUGUUAUUUCUCUGGAUCCAACUGCUGUCUCAGCUGUGCGAGUAUCGUCCGAGGCAUACACCUCACCUGUCUCCAGGGCUCAAUCUGAAGCCGAGGUUCAAGUUACCAGGGAAGUUGACAAUGCUGUCACAUCCUCCAAACCUUCAGCCGCACCAACCCUGAAGAAUCGUAAUUUUGCUGUUUCUUUCCUGCCUUCCACUGCACCAUCCUUCCCUUCAUCCACGCGGAACGCUGAGGUGAGAACACCCAAGUCAGCAACUCAGCCACAAACAACAGAAACUAAUCUGCAAACUGCUCCUAAACUUUCCACAUCCACAUCUACCACCGGGACAAGCCAUCUCGUGAAGUGCGCCGAGAAGGAGAAAACUUUCUGUGUGAAUGGAGGAGAGUGCUUCAUGGUGAAAGACCUUUCAAACCCCUCCAGAUACUUGUGCAAGUGCCAACCUGGAUUCACUGGAGCAAGAUGUACUGAGAAUGUGCCCAUGAAAGUCCAAAACCAAGAAAAAGCGGAGGAGCUCUACCAGAAGAGAGUGCUGACCAUAACGGGCAUCUGCAUCGCUCUGCUAGUGGUCGGCAUCAUGUGUGUGGUGGCCUACUGCAAAACAAAGAAACAGCGGAAAAAGCUCCAUGACCGGCUUCGGCAGAGUCUUCGUUCUGAACGCCACAACAUGGUGAACAUAGCCAACGGACCCCACCACCCUAACCCGCCCCCCGAGAACGUGCAGCUGGUGAAUCAAUAUGUAUCUAAAAAUGUCAUCUCUAGUGAGCACAUUGUUGAGAGAGAAGCAGAGACAUCUUUUUCCACCAGCCACUAUACCUCGACAGCACAUCACUCCACUACUGUCACCCAGACUCCUAGUCACAGCUGGAGCAACGGGCACACUGAAAGCAUCAUUUCGGAAAGUCACUCUGUAAUCAUGAUGUCAUCAGUAGAAAACAGUAGGCACAGCAGUCCAACUGGGGGCCCAAGAGGACGUCUCAAUGGCAUAGGAGGCCCUCGUGAAUGUAACAGCUUCCUCAGGCAUGCCAGAGAAACCCCUGACUCCUACCGAGACUCUCCUCACAGUGAAAGACAUAACCUUAUAGCUGAGCUAAGGAGAAACAAGGCACACAGAUCCAAAUGCAUGCAGAUCCAGCUAUCAGCAACUCAUCUUAGAUCUUCUUCCAUUCCCCAUUUGGGCUUCAUUCUCUAAGACCCCUUGGCCUUUAGGAAGGUUUGUGUCAGCCAUGACCACCCCGGCUCGUAUGUCACCUGUAGAUUUCCACACGCCAAGCUCCCCCAAAUCGCCCCCUUCGGAAAUGUCUCCACCCGUUUCCAGCAUGACGGUGUCCAUGCCCUCCGUGGCAGUCAGCCCCUUCGUGGAAGAAGAGAGACCUCUGCUUCUCGUGACACCACCAAGGCUGCAGGAGAAGAAGCAUGCCCACCACCCUCAACAGUUCCCCUCCUUCCACCACAACCCCGCGCAUGAGAGCAACAGCCUUCCCCCUAGCCCCCUGAGGAUAGUGGAGGAUGAGGAGUAUGAAACGACCCAGGAGUAUGAGCCCGCUCAGGAGCCUGUUAAGAAACUCGCCAGUAGCCGGCGGGCCAAAAGAACCAAGCCCGAUGGCCACAUUGCCAACAGGUUGGAAAUGGACAGCAACACAAGCUCCCGGAGCAGUAACUCAGAGAGUGAAGCAGAAGACGAAAGAGUAGGUGAAGACACACCUUUCCUGGGCAUACAGAACCCCCUGGCAGCCGGUCUUGAGGCAGCACCUGCCUUCCGCCUGGCUGACAGCAGGACUAACCCAGCAGGCCGCUUCUCGACACAGGAAGAAUUGCAGGCCAGGCUGUCUAGUGUAAUUGCUAACCAAGACCCUAUUGCUGUAUAAACCCUAAAUAAACACAUAGAUUCACCUGUAAAACUUUAUUUUAUAUAAUAAAGUAUUCCACCUUAAAUUAAA